AUGCCGCCUGUCACACAUCCACUCGAACCGAUGCGUCUUUUGCACUAUGACGAACAUGGUGAGCUCAGGAUCGUCAGCUUUGACGAUCGCGCAACACCGCCUUAUGCGAUACUGUCACACACAUGGGGAGCGGAUCCGGAGGAGGUAACCUUCGCCGACCUUGAGACAGGCGAUGGCAAGGCCAAGCGUGGCUACAAGAAGAUCCACUUCUGCGGACAACAAGCACAACAAGAUCGCUUACGGUACUUCUGGGUCGACACAUGCUGCAUCAACAAGGCAGACAAGGCUGAGUCCUCUCACGCCAUCCAGUCCAUGUUCCGCUGGUACCAGAAUGCAGCGAGAUGUUAUGUGUAUCUGUCGGAUGUAUCAACAGGGAAGGGAAAACGGGACCGCAUGCUCGACAAAUUCACUUGGGAGCCUUCUUUCAGAGCAAGCCGAUGGUUCACGCGUGGCUGGACGCUUCAAGAGCUUCUUGCCCCAAGCACUGUCGAGUUCUUCUCCCAAGAAUGGGUGAAGCUUGGUGAUAAGACAUCGCUAAAGUUGUUGACUCGUGAAAUCACCAAUAUCUCACCUGAAGCGCUUGACGGAGCCCCUCUUUCUCAGUUCAGCGUCAACGAGCGAUUGCGGUGGAAAGACGGCCGGAAAACCAAACGUGAAGAAGACGGAGCGUACUCGCUGCAAGGUAUCUUCAGCGUCGAUAUAGCGCCGGUGUAUGGCGAAGGUGCAGCUGGUGCUUUCAGACGCCUAAUGGAUGAGAUUCACAAGCUAGAAAGAUGCAUUCGAGACGUACGCUACACGGACCCGCGUGACGACAAGAAGCGCAUUGAGGAGACCAAAGGCGGACUGCUAGCUGACUCCUACCGCUGGGUACUCAACAACACCAUCUUCCAGCAAUGGCACCGGGAUUCGCACAGCCAACUGCUGUGGGUGAAAGGUGAUCCUGGAAAGGGCAAGACAAUGCUGCUCUGCGGCAUUAUUGACGAGCUGCAUCGUUCGCUGCCUCGAACCGCCUCUUUGGCGUACUUCUUCUGCCAGGCGACCGACUCGCGCAUCAACAGCGCCACGGCUGUGCUGCGAGGGCUAUUAUACAUGAUGGUAAAGCAGCAACCCUCACUUGUAUCACACAUCCGCAAGAAGCAUGAUGACGCAGGGAAAGCCUUGUUCGAGGAUGCGAAUGCCUGGGUAGCGUUGACAGAGAUCUUUGUGGACGUGCAACGAGAUUCAGGACUGAGCACCACCUAUCUAAUCAUCGAUGCAUUAGAUGAGUGCGUCACUGACUUGGUAAAACUGCUUGACUUUAUCGCAAGGCAAUCUUCAUCGUCCUCCCGCGUCAAGUGGAUCGUGUCUAGUCGCAACUGGCCAGAUAUUGAAGCGCAGCUAGAGCAGGCAGGACAGAAAGUGAGACUGAGCCUUGAGCUAAACGCCAAGUCGGUUGCGGCAGCGGUUGACAUCUUCAUCCAGCAAAAGGUGGAUCGGCUGUCACGGAAAAAGCAGUACAAACCAGAAGUUCGAUCUGCCGUGCUCCAACACCUGAUGUCAAAUGCCAACGGUACCUUCCUCUGGGUAGCGUUGGUGUGCCAAGACCUCCAAACGACAUCAAAGUGGAACGUGCUGAAAAAGCUAGCGCUGUUCCCGCCCGGACUAGAUUCUUUGUACAAGCGGAUGAUGCAGCAGAUCAGCGAGUCCGAUAGUGCUGAGAUCUGUCAGCAGAUUCUGGCGUCUACUACGGUCUUGCAUCGGCCAGUUGCGCUCUCCGAAUUGAUUGCGCUCGUGGAGCCACUUGAGGACUUUGCCGGUGACUUGGAGUCGGUGCGGGAGAUCAUCAGCCUCUGUGGUUCGUUCCUCACUCUACGAGAAGACACUGUCUACUUUGUGCAUCAGUCUGCACAAGAAUUCCUCGCAGAAGCAUCUGAUGUUUUUGCAGACGGGACCGCAGCCGCUCAUCGGACGAUCUUCUCGAGGUCGCUCGCUGUUCUGUCCAGAACGUUGCACAGGGACAUGUACACACUGGGCGGGCUGGGAACCCCCAUCGAUGAUGUUCAAGUGCCUGAGCAUGACCCGCUUGCAGCCUCACGCUACUCGUGCGUUUACUGGAUUGAUCAUCUGUACGACUCGAAGCCUAAGUCUUGGGCAUAUAGUGUUGGUGACCUGAAAGUCACAGAUGUCAUUGAUGAGUUUUUGAGGACGAAGUAUCUCUACUGGCUAGAAGGGCUCAGUCUGUGCAGAAGCAUAGGAAAGGGGGUGAUUUCGAUGGCGAAGCUAUGCUCUCUCGCUCAGAAUAUACAGGAUGCGAGUGAGCUUACUAAGCUUGCUCAAGAUGCCGGCCGAUUCAUCAUGUACCACAAAGGGGUAAUUGAGAGCUACCCUCUACAAACAUAUGCAUCUGCGCUGCUAUUCAGUCCGACAGGGAGCGUGACUAGAAUAUUGUUCCAGCACGAAGAGCCAAGACGAAUCACUAUUAAGCCAGCAAUGAGCGACGGCUGGAGUGCUUGUCUGCAGACGCUCGAGGGCCAUAGCAGUUCUGUGUGGGAUGCGAGCAGCGGGGCGUGUCUGCAGACGCUCGAGGGCCAUAGCAGUAUUGUCAGCUCUGUAGCCUUCUCGCACGACUCGAGCAAGCUGGCGUCGGCGUCAUGGGACAAGACCGUCAAGGUGUGGGAUGCGAGCAGCGGGACAUGUCUGCAGACGCUAAACAUUGGUAAGACUCUUCACAGCCUAUCUUUCGAUUCGAACAGCUCCUUUCUCCGUACCGAGAUAGGCCCCAUUGCUAUACAAGACCCGGGAAUUCCUAGCGAGCCAGGUGUCGUGGAACCUGCACGUCCUCAGUAUCUAGGCACAAGCCUCAGCUCCGAUACCAUAUGGAUCAAGUAUAACGGCGGGAACAUGUUGUGGAUGCCAUCAGAGUAUCGGCCGUCAUGCUCUGCGGUGUGCGGGAACAGAGUCGGUAUGGGCGUUGGGACUGGCAGAGUGUGGACCUGCAGUGUUGACCCAGAUACCCCCACGUGUGUCCUUAGCGAAGUGUAG